UUUGGAGCAACUUGAGUGAGUAGGCUUAAUUUUAAUUUAAGAAUUUUCAUAUUGGGGUGUACUAUCCCUUUAAGAAUGUGUGUAAAAGUGAAGAGAUAACUAAGUAACAAAUUAAUUUUGUCUAGCAGGUGGUGAGGGCUGAUUACAAGCCAGUUGACUACAAUCACUGUACUAAAUGUGUGCCUUUUUUCCUCUUUUUUUCUCUCUUAAAAAUUCAGUUAUGUUGCUGCUAUUAUUCACAGCCUACUUUAUGUAUUGGGACUAUUAAGUAAAGUCAGAUGUUUUUCCAGUCACAUCUAUUUUAACCAUGGCUUCUACUAAAAUAUUAGUCACUGUAAUAUUGUAAAGACAUUGGAUUCAUGUGGUUUUGUUGAUGCUGUUUUACAUUUCUGUUACAAAAUGUUAUCAUUAGAGCAAACGCUUUUAACAAAUACCGCAUUUUGCAUGGUUUUAUAAAUGCAGGUUUCACGUAAACACUAAAUGUAUUACGUUGGUCCUGUCCUGAACCCCGGUAUUACAGAAAUAUUAUGUUAACAAGUGCCUACGUUUUUAAAAACAUUUGUCUACUCGUGUUGAUUUGACGUCAUUUCCUUAAUCAACAAUCUAAACUUAAUGAUUUCAAAUGUCAUUACAAAAGCAACUCGUCCUGUUGAUCCGGUUACUGCAACAGGUUGGGCAUUGCAACCCCGGAAUAGACACUGGGAUAUUGUUGAUUGUUCUUUUAGUACACUUUUGUUUAUGUUGUAUUUUCACAUUCGAAAUGGCAGAAGAGAUAUUGUUGAUCGCGGGUGUUGCGAUCGCGGUGCUAUUUAUAUUUCGUAUAUAUGUGCGUGGGGCGCAAUGCAAAAGUAAGGCAAAACUGCAUGGCAAGACUGUCAUCGUCACAGGUAGUAACACGGGCAUCGGUAGAGAAACAGCGGUGGAUUUAGCGCGGAGAGGCGCGAGAGUCAUUCUGGCCUGCCGUAGCCAAGUACGCGGCGAAGUUGCUGUCGCUAUUGUCCAAAGAGAAAGUGGAAGUAAAAAUGUGGUGUUCAUGCAGCUGGAUUUGGCCAGUUUGAAGUCAGUGCGCUCCUUUGCAGAAACUUUUCUCAAGACAGAGAGAAGACUGGAUAUUCUCAUCAACAAUGCAGGAGUUUAUAUGCAGGGUACUACUGACGAUGGUCUUGGUCUUAUGUUUGGUGUCAACCACCUUGGUCACUUCCUUCUGACUAACCUGUUGUUGGACAGAUUGAAAGAGUGUGUGCCAAGCCGCAUUGUCACUGUAUCUUCAUAUUUACAUAAUUAUGGGAACCUCGACUUUGACACACUUCGCACUCACAAGGAGUUUGGAGUAGGUGAGUCUCCUGGGAGUGUCUUCUGGAUAUAUGCACACAGCAAACUGUGUAAUGUGCUCUUCACACAUGAGCUCGCAAAGAAGCUACAAGGAACCAACGUGACCUGUUACAGCCUCCACCCAGGCGCUGUAAACUCUGAUCUGAGCCGUAAUUUGAAUAAAAUGUCCAGAAGGUUAUUGAAACCCAUCGCAGCUCUGUUCUUUAAGGAUGUAGAGGCCGGUGCCCAGACGACUCUACACUGUGCUGUGCAGGAGGGCAUUGAAUCCCUGAGUGGCAGGUAUUUCUCCAACUGUGCUGUGCAGAAAGUGAAGGCCAAGGCUCAGGAUGAUGCUGUGGCCAAAAAGCUAUGGGAAGUGAGUGAGACAUUAUGCGGUCUGUCCUGAAUCAUGAAUCGGAUACUAGCACUCAGUAUAUGUUGUACCCACUGCACAUAUUACCGGUGUAAUAAUGAUAAUUAUUAUUCUUUUUUUUUUAUAUAAUCAUUUGUGUUCUACUGAUUUAUGAAAAGAACAUAAGACAUAGACAAGGUAAACUGGGCUUAAUUUGUGUUGUAGUACAACACAUUUAAUUGUUUGUUAUAUUGUCAUAUUCUCUUGAAAUAAAUUAGCCCUUAAAAUUCAGCGAUGAAAUCAUAAAAAUAAAAUCAUUAAAGUUGCUCAAA